AUAGACGCAUGGCUAGUCCGGUUAAUCAGUUGCGCUGCCUCAAUAGGUUUAAUUUGCAUCCUUGUUUAACAGAGUGAUUAGCCAAUUAACGGCAAGGCAAACCACAGAAAAGGACAAUUUAUGACUUAUCCACUUACAAUUAUAGCAAACAGUAGCGGACAAGAAAAAGUAUGUAAUCCCUAAACCAAACAAGGAAAGUAUGAGUCGCGCCAGAGCAAGAUCGCACCUUCCUAUUUAACCUGCCAAAAGGAUCCAACAUGACUCAACAAGUUAAACCUAGUGGCCAGGUCGACUUAAAAAAGAUGGAUAGAAAACGAGGGAAUGGAGGGAUGAAAACCCGUCGUAAGCUUGGAAUAUCGUCCCCGUUAUGUGCGCGUAAUGUGCGAGUAGUGUUAAUGGGUCAGGAUGGAGUCGGCAAAUCAGCUCUCACCGUGCGUCUUCUGACGAGAAGGUAUAUCGGAGAGUACGAUAGAACGCUUGAGGCGACCUACAGACAUCACCUAGCAACAGAUCAGGGAUAUGUAUCGCUUGACGUCAUGGACACAGCAGGCUUGAAUACAAGAGAAAAGCUGGACUUCUGCUUGGCAUUCGGCGAAAUCUACAUUGUUCUUUACUCAAUCAUCGAUAAGACGAGUUUCUACGAGGCAUCGGGCAUCGCUCGGUUCAUCUGCGAACACAAGCAUAUAGACUCCUCUAGCCUCGUGCUUCUUGGCACGAAACAGGACUUGGAACACUUACGAGAUGUACCCGAACCCGAAGCGAGAUCGAUCGCUGAUGAGCUCAACUGUAGCUUCUACGAGAUCUCGAUAUCAGAGGGGUUUGAAGAUACACUGGGGAUGUUUCACGUUGUGAUGAGGAACUUUUUGAACAAUCACCCAAUGAUGGAGCCAAUGUCUCCUAUGAUUCUAACGUCGCCAACUCAGAAGAACAUGAAGUCUCCGUCUUCCUGGUCUAAGGUUAAGGGGUUGGGGGCGAUGCCUUUUAGGAAAAAAUCAGUGCAAGCUAAUUAGAGAAACAGUCUUGUUGGUGUAUACGAGGAGAUUAGUUAACACCCGAGUUACAGAUUUGGGUAUUAAUUAGAAAGCAUGCCCUAGGCACGGGAUACUACGAGUAGAAAAUAUCGAAAGACCGAACUAGAUGCGUGUUCUAUUGAACGACGAUUACCUACCGUCGUCCUUCACGUCGUCGUAAAUAUCAAAGAUACUUAGUAUAAAGUGCGCAUACACACAAGAACUUUUGCAUUUUACCAGACCACAAUCCGUGCGCAAAUACACCAAGAAUUUCCACGUAAACUUGCAGGAAUUCAUGUUUACUACUAUUUUGCUGGCAGCCAUCUUGGAUAUGAAGCCUAGUCCCUAACGUUUUAGAAUAUCACAGGUCUCCCGCGCGCUCGCCCCAUGCUCUUUUAGACCAUUAAACACGAGGUUCCGCUAUAAAAGGGAAAGCUCCUCCCAUCCCUGGGCUCAAGAACAAUCAGUUAUCAAUCAGUCAUCAAUGCGUCAACAUGUCGGGACAAUUGCUCUGGGCGCUAAAUUCAAACUUCAUAUUCUAAACCAAAUUAAGUAUCAUUCCUAGACUUGUUCAGCUAAAAUGUUCCAAUUUAUAGUAAUGCUAUGCCAAGCUUUGCAUGCUCUAAAAGACGAGCAUUUUCAUCACAGCGCGAGAAUAAUUUAUGCGGAUUGACAGCGCAAAAUUUAAAAUUUUGCCCAAAAACGUGGACAGCAAAUCACUAACUUAUCUCUUAACACAACCGUCUUGUUACCUGUGCAAAAAUAGUUUUAUUCUAACCGACUGAGGCUCAGAGAUAAGCAAUUUUACAAGAGGCUUUUAAUUUGUGACCGCUAGCGUGGCAGUGUUCUGAUUAUAAUUGCAAUUUGAAGCCCGGGGGUGGGAGGAGCUUUCCCUUUUAUAGCGGAACCUCGUGUUUAAGAAAAACGACAGCCAUUGAUUGAUAUGCAAAAACAGCAGGAUACGGAAGUUGAAUUUACAAACUUCGUCCCAUUUAUUUUCUCUUUUAUGUGCUACUAUAUAUUCAAUAGUCUAAUGCUACUCUCCAAAUCUAGCCUGCAUAUAGGCCUGCAUAGCAAGAGCAAGGAAGGACUGGGAAAAAGGGAGGGCGAAAGGGCCGCGAGUGCCUGGGGAGAAGGAUACCUGUUUGGUCAUUGCGCGCUACACAUCACAACCACGUUAGACUGCGCUUCCUAUACACAAAUCCAGAUCAGCUAAUAUUUUGUGCAUCUUACAGAGCACCCUAGGAUGGGAGCCUUGAGAAUGCGUGCGAUCUUGAAUGCGUUACUCUGCGAUUGCUAUAAAAGUCCAGAUCCCCCCCUCACUACUGGUUUACCAUAUUUGGUGAUGCACCGUUACGGCGCAUACUAGGAUGUUAUCCUCGAGAAUGCAAGCGAUCUCUUGUACGUGUUUUCCCCUCUGUUAGAUCCACUGCACUAUCUCGACUUUUCGAGUGUCAAGAUCUUAUAUAGGACACAUAUAAGAGCGCCUAGUACAUGAUAGAAAUCCCCUUGACCCGCGUGAGUAUCAGCCUUCGUUAAGCUGGGAAGUGCGCGAGAAUUUCCCAAUGCAACAGAUAUUAAACUGAGUAUAGCUAAAAAAAAAACGACGCAAUAAACAAAUGAACGGGAA